UCCCGCCUCUUCCUUUCUCGCAAUCACACCGAGUAUCAUGGCGCUGGUGAAGAACGUCUACAGCUUGCUGUUUAGAAGAACAUCGACUUUCGCCAUCACCAUCAUGGUGGGAGCCGUUGUCUUCGAGCGAGUGUUUGACCAGGGUGGAGAUGCGUUAUUUGACAAUUUAAAUCGGGGGAAACUGUGGAAACAUAUUAAACACAAUUAUGAGAAGGAGGAGUGAGCAGAAUGUCAUCUGAUGUCGUCUCUUGAUGGAGCGCCCAGCCACCACCACCACCUCUCCAUGUUUCCUGAGGAAGAGAAAUUGGCUUUGGCAGCGUUUUUAAUGUCAUCCUUUGUGGCAUUGGGAUCCAGAGAGACUCUGUUAUGAUCAUCAUGGAAUACUGAGAAUCAGCAACUUACCCUGUCUGAAUACUGCAUCGUAAAUCUUGUAUUCCUCACAUUUUGUAAAUGUAUACUUAAAUUAAGCCUGUGUUAAUAAAGCUGACAUAAAUCUGA